GCCCCCAGAGUCCAAGGGUUCAUGUGGUGCAUAGGGUGAGCUGUUCUGGGUACUACAGAGGGAGCCUGCACUGGGGACACUGGUGGGUGAGCAGCAUGGGCUUUGAGGAGUUGCUGGACCAGGUGGGCGGCUUCGGGCCCUUCCAACUGAGGAAUGUGGCACUGCUGGCCCUGCCCCGGGUGCUGCUGCCCAUGCACUUCCUCCUGCCCAUUUUCCUGGCUGCUGUGCCCACCCACCGCUGUGCCCUACCUGGCACUCCUGCAAACUUCAGUCACCAGGAUGCAUGGUUGGAGGCCCACCUGCCCCGGGAGCCUGACGGCACGCUUAGCUCCUGCCUCCGCUUUGCCCACCCCCAGGCUCUGCCCAACAUCACAUUGAGCGGAGAGGGGCAGAGCCCUGGGGAGCUGGAGGAUGAACCCUCCACAGUGCCCUGCUCUCAGGGCUGGGAGUACGACCGCUCAGAGUUCUCCUCCACCAUUGCCACUGAGUGGGACUUGGUGUGUGAGCAGAAAGGCCUCAACAGAGCCACGUCCACCUUCUUCUUUGCUGGUGUGCUGGUGGGGGCUGUGGUCUUCGGAUACCUGUCGGACAGGUUUGGGCGGCGCCGUCUGCUGCUGGUGGCCUACAUAAGUGCCCUGGUGCUCGGCCUGGUGUCUGCAGCCUCAGUCAGCUAUGUAAUGUUUGCCAUCACCCGCACCCUCACUGGCUUGGCCCUGGCUGGCUUCACCAUCAUCGUGAUGCCACUAGAGCUGGAGUGGCUAGAUGUGGAGCACCGCACUGUAGCUGGCGUCCUGAGCGGCACCUUCUGGACGGGGGGCGUGAUGUUGCUGGCACUGGUUGGGUAUCUGAUCCGGGAUUGGCGAUGGCUUCUGCUGGCUGUCACCCUGCCUUGUGCCCUAGGCAUCCUCAGCCUCUGGUGGGUGCCUGAGUCUGCACGCUGGCUUCUGACCCAGGGCCAUGUGGAGGAGGCCCACAGGUACCUGCUCCGCUGUGCCAGGCUCAAUGGGCGGCCCGUGGGGGAGGACGGCCUGAGCCGGGAGGCCCUGAGCAAAGUGGCCGCCGGGGAACGGGCAGUCCGGAAACCUUCGUACCUAGACCUGUUCCGUACCCCACGGCUCCGACACAUCUCACUGUGCUGCAUGGUGGUGUGGUUCGGGGUGAACUUCUCCUAUUAUGGUCUGAGUCUGGACGUGUCCGGGCUGGGGCUGAACGUGUACCAGACGCAGCUGUUGUUCGGGGCCGCAGAGCUGCCCUCCAAGCUGCUGGUCUACCUGUCGGUGCGCCGCGCCGGACGCCGCCUCACGCAGGCGGGAUCGCUGCUGGGCGCGGCCCUGGCCUUGGGCGUCAGACUGCUGGUGUCCUCCGAGAUGAAGUCCUGGAGCACCGCCCUGGCGGUGAUGGGGAAAGGGUUUUCUGAAGCCGCCUUCACCACUGCCUACCUGUUCACUUCGGAGUUGUACCCUACUGUGCUCAGGCAGACCGGGAUGGGGCUGACUGCACUGGUGGGCCGGCUGGGGGGCUCUUUGGCCCCAUUGGCGGCCUUGCUGGAUGGAGUGUGGCUGUCACUGCCCAAGCUUGCUUAUGGGGGCAUCGCCCUGCUGGCUGCCUGCACCGCCCUCCUGCUCCCAGAGACAAGACAGGCACAGCUGCCAGAGACCAUCCAGGACGUGGAGAGAAAGAGUGCUCCAUUCGGUCUUCAGGAGGAAGAGAUGCCUAUGAAGCUGGUCCAGAACUGAGAGAGAUGAGGGGCAAGCCCUCCAGAGAGGCUCUGCAGCAGGGGCUAGGAGAGCAGAAGGGCAGGCCCUGUGCCUCAUGCUGGGGGCAUUAAGCCCUCUGCCUAGGGCUGGAGUGGCCACUGGUUCCCUCUCUCUGUGCUCAUCUAACCAUGACUAUUUGGCUUCUAGGAACAGUUUCCAGAAUGCAAUAGGCUGCUGGAGAUUCUGGGCAACCCUAUAAUGGCCAGAGGGGAUUCUGUAAAUAAAGGUGCCCCUUGGGUUAGGGAAGCAGCAAGGAGAUGUGGGAAGAGUCCUGGGUGGGAAAUCACUAAGGAAGCCCUGGGCUCUGAUCCCAGCUUCACCACUGACUUGCUGUGUGACCUUGGCCAUGUGGCUUUCCCUCUCUGGGUCUCAGUCUGUUCAUCUCUCAAAUGGCUAAUGAAGCUUUUUGGUAGUCCUUAUCACAAGACCUGUUGUCAUGCUCAAAUGAGGUGUUUCUUCUAGAGAUGGUGCUAAAGAAAGGACUAUUCUAUGAUGACUUCUGGUACCAGUGGGGCUGGUGGGCAUGCUGUCCACUGUGUGGUUCUGGGGCUGCCAAUGCCAGGUCCAGGAACCAGGGGACCAGAGUUCUUUGUUCCCAGGGCUGGCCCUCCUUCCUCUGAGGCACUCUACAGGGCAAUGCAUCUCUCCUACCCUCCAACCCACUGUCUAGUCCUCAUGCCCCAAGAAGAGUUGAGGGCAUGGAGGCCAACAUUUUAUUGGAGAAGCCAGAGACGCUGAUAUUCAAUAAACACAAGUUUUAUGAGUA